AUGGACCUUGUCUUCUUCCUCCACGAGACAAGCACCUACGUGGAGGCUCCCUGGGCGUCGCUCGCCACCUCCUGCUUGUCGCCGCCUAGCAAACCCUACCGCCCGCAGACCUCGCCGGCGCCGCCGUUCUACUCCUCCCCGCGCCCGGCCGAGCAACCUAGGAGGUCCGCCGUGGAGUCCUCGUCCAUCCCCGCCAACCAGCGCAGGUCGAGGCGGCUCGAAGCGAGCGAAUCGAGCUCCGCCUCCGUCGCCGACCACCGCCUCUCGCCGGUGUUCCCGGCCACCUCCGGCCUCGCCGUCGUUUCCGUCGCGCUCAGGAGCGGCACUGCCGCUGGGCUACCCCGCCGCCACCCUUCCUUGAUUCCCUCCGCUGCUCCAUUACCGGCCGGCUCCCACCCCGCGCAGCAGCUCCUCCGCUCACCCAGCUCAGCUCGCCGCGCGCCUGCCCCUGGCCCGCCCGCCGCCGCCAACUGCCCGCUCCGCUCAGCCGAGCUGCACCCACAAGCCGCCGCCAGACCGCCCGCAACAGCACACGCGCGUCCGCGCACACAAAGGCCGCCGGCCACCACCUGCUCCCGCUCCACCAGACCACCGCCCAGCUCUUGCCGCUCGCCCCUGGCCGCCCGCUCCACGCACCCGCUCGACCAGCAGCACAAGGCUGCAGCAGCCACGCCCGCACAAGCGGCCAACCACGAAGCCCCAUUCCUCCGCACGCUGAACCACCUCCUGCAUCUCCAUUGCGCGCAGCAAUUUUGCCCAGGCCAUCUGCAGCUCCUCCAUUUUCCACACGCGCAGGCCAAUCAUCUGAGCAAAAUCAGCCUGACCCCGGCAGUGCCGGCCCGAUCACCCCGGCAGUGCCGGUAG